UUUUAUGAGAGAGAAAAAUAUGGAGAGAGAAAUCUAAUUAGGCAGAGAUGAUGAUAAGCCUCUCUCCCCCCUUCCCCGCUUCUGUACCUUCACUCAAACCUAACCGCUACUCCCGCCAUAAAAUCUCCGCCGUUCGGACUCACCAGAACAUCAGCUUCGAAUCGCUGCAGGCUACUCUGAUCCGCCACGCAAAUGUGGGCCACGUCGAUGAAGCAGUUUCCACACUGGAUCUCAUGUCCCGGGCUAAUCUCGCCCCAGACCUUGCCACCUACUCCGUUCUCCUUAAAUCCUGCAUACGGACCCGAAACUUCGAACUGGGUCAACUCGUCCACUCCAGACUCAUCGAGUCGAGACUCCAGCCUGAUGCUGUUGUCCUCAACUCCCUCAUCAGUUUGUAUUCCAAGUGCGGCCACUGGAGAAAAGCGGAGGAGAUAUUUAGUUCCAUGGGCGGCGCGAGGGAUAUGGUUUCCUGGAGUGCGAUGAUUUCAUGUUACGCGCAUAACGGUUUGAAUUUGGAUGCAGUCUUGGUGUUUGUUGAAAUGCUGGAGUAUGGGGAACAUCCAAAUGAAUUUUGCUUCUCCGCAGCUAUUCGGGCAUGUUCGAAUCGAGAAAAUGCGAGAAUUGGCUUGGAGAUUUUUGGGUUUCUGCUGAAGACUGGGUACUUUGGGUCCGAUGUGUGUGUGGGGUGUGCAAUGGUUGAUUUGUUCGUCAAGGGGUUUGGUGAUUUGGAGUUAGCAAAGAAGGUGUUCGAUGAAAUGCCUGAGAAGAAUUCUGUCACUUGGACUUUGAUGAUUACGAGGUUUACACAAAUGGGUUCUCCCAGAGACGCAAUUGGUUUGUUUUCGGAUAUGGUUAUUGCAGGGUUUGUUCCUGAUCGGUUUACAUUUAGUAGUUGUUUAUCAGCUUGUUCAGAGCUAGGAUCGUUGUCAAUUGGUCGCCAGUUGCAUAGCUGGGUUGUCAAGAAUGGCCUCUGUUUUGAUGUCUGCGUUGGGUGUAGUUUGGUGGACAUGUAUGCGAAAUCAGCCAUGGAUGGCUCUAUGGAUGAUUCGAGGAAAACUUUUGAUAGAAUGUCGAAUCAAAAUGUUAUGUCAUGGACAGCAAUUAUCACAGGUUAUGUGCAAAAUGGAGGGAACGACUAUGAAGCUAUCGAGUUGUACUGUAGGAUGAUAACACAAGGUAGAGUUAAACCAAAUCAUUUUACAUUUGCCUGUCUGCUGAAGGCGUGCGGGAAUCUUUUCAAUCCGAAAUUGGGUGAACAAAUAUACAGUCACGCAACGAAGUUGGGUCUUGCAACGGUCAGUGUUGUCGGUAAUUCUCUAAUUAGCAUGUACUCCAAGUGUGACAGGAUCGAAGACGCACGAAAAGCCUUUGAAUUCUUAUUUGAAAAGAAUUUGGUUUCUUAUAAUGCAUUAGUUGAUGGUUACACCAGAAAUUUGGACUCCGACGAGGCUUUCGAACUCUUCAAUGAAAUCGAGAAUUCAAGUGCUGGUGCUGAUGCUUUUACAUUCGCUAGCCUCUUGAGUGGAGCUGCAAGUGUUGGAGCAGUUGGGAAAGGAGAGCAAAUACAUGCCCGUUUACUGAAAGCAGGGUUCGAGUCUAACCUAUGUAUUUGCAAUGCUUUGAUCUCCAUGUAUACCAGGUGUGGUAGCAUAGAAGCUGGAUUUCAAGUUUUCAAUGAAAUGGAAGACCGAAACAUAAUAUCGUGGACGUCUAUUAUCACAGGCUUCGCCAAACAUGGAUUCGCGAAACGGGCUUUGGAACUGUACAAGCAAAUGCUCGAUUCCGGUGUAGAACCAAACGAGGUUACUUUUGUUGCUGUUCUGUCAGCUUGUAGUCAUGCAGGUUUAAUCGAAGAGGGAUGGAGGCAGUUUGAUUCUAUGUACAAAGACCACGGGAUAAGACCAAGAAUGGAGCAUUAUGCCUGCAUGAUUGAUAUAUUAGGAAGAUCAGGGCAUCUAGAUAAAGCCAUACAAUUCAUCAAUUCAAUGCCUUUUGCUGCCGAUGCACUAGUAUGGCGAACAUUGCUCGGUGCUUGUAGAGUACACGGUAAUAUGGAACUCGGCAAACAUGCAGCCGAAAUGAUUCUUGAGAAAGAUCCAAACGAUCCAUCGGCUCAUGUUUUACUAUCGAAUCUAUAUGCUUCGGCAGGACAGUGGGAAAGUGUGUCAAGAAUCAGAAAAGGGAUGAAAGAGAGGAACAUGGUGAAGGAAGCAGGGUGUAGCUGGAUUGAGAUUGCGAAUAAGGUGCAUAAGUUUUAUGUGGGGGAUACGAAACACCCGGAGGCUAAGGAGAUAUACGAAGAAUUGGAUGAGGUGGCGGCGAAGAUAAAGGAGAUGGGAUAUGUGCCGGAUACAAAUUUUGUGCUGCAUGAAGUGGAGGAGGAACAGAAGGAGCAGUAUUUGUUUCAGCAUAGUGAGAAAAUAGCUUUGGCUUAUGGCCUGAUAAGCACAGCGAAAAGUAGGAUGAUUAGAAUCUUUAAGAAUCUACGAGUUUGCGGAGAUUGUCAUACGAUGAUCAAGUAUGUGUCGGUGGCGAGCGGGAGGGAGAUAGUUGUGAGGGAUUCGAAUAGGUUUCAUCACAUUAAGGAUGGCAAGUGUUCUUGCAAUGAUUACUGGUGAGUGAAAUUAUGUUUUAACUGUAUUGUAUUUUUAUGUAUGUAUGUAUGUAUGCCAAUUGUUUAUACUAUAUUUGCCAAUUUGCCAUCGCUCUUGCUUACUCAUAACUUAGUUUUUUUACUAGUUUCUAUCAUAUCCAUUCGGUUCAUGUACAAGUGCUGCUGUUUUGAUUAAGAUGCAGUAAAAAAAUUGAGUUGAAUUUA